AUGCCUAACAUCAAGUCACUCCACAAACUGACAGACAAACAAACCGACAGCAAAAUGCACUUCAAACUCUCUACUGCCGUGCUCGCCACUCUCGUCGGCGUGGCCCUCUCAGGCCCCCUCGUGGCCCGCGACGCCGCCACCAUCCUCAGUGACCUCAGCACCAUCAAGACCGACAUCAACACUCUCACCCAGCACUUCAACGAGUUCACCGGCGACCUGUUGCAGGCCCUCGCCGCCCAGGCCGUCGAGCAGCAGCUGGAAAGCGACAUCGACCAGGCCACCGCGGAUGCAAAGGCCACCUCGGCCCUGUCCGCCGCCGACAGCACCAGCGUCACCAAUGCUCUUCUGGGCUUGAAGCCUGAUAUCGUCACUUCCCUGGACGCGAUCGUUGCCAAGAAACCGCAGGUCGACUCCGCCGGCGUGGGCAGCCUCGUCCUCUCGGACCUGAAUGCCCUGCAGAGCAAGACGGAUGCCCUGUCCGGCGCGCUUCAGGAUAUUGCCACUGCGACUGACAAGGAUACCAUUGCGUCUGGCACCCAGGAUAUUGAUGCGGCGUUUUCCAGCGCCAUUGCUGUCUUUUCUUGA